AUGGAGUUGGUGGCUGAACAAGAAGGAUUUGCUUACCAUAAAAAGUAUAAGGGGUUGAAGCUGAAUCAUCUCUGUUUUGCAGAUGAUGUAUUAAUAUUUUACAAAGGAGAUUUCCAAGCUAUCGUAUUGAUGCGAAAAGGAUUGCAAACUUUCUCUAAUGCAUCUGGACUCACCACAAAUGCUGCCAAAUCAAAUGUUUUCAGUGCCAACAUGGAUGAACAAUGCUUGAAUGACUUGUGUGAACUGACAGGGUACAAGAGGGGGGCACCACCACUCAGAUAUCUAGGGUUUUCCAUCUCACCAAGGAAGCUAUCAGCAAUGGACUGUGAAACAUUGGUGGAUAAGUUGACUAUGAAGGUGAAAUGCUGGGGGUCAAGGAAUCUAUCAUAUGCAUGUAGAGUAUUGCUGGUAAAUAUUGUAUUACUGUACAUAUACUCUUACUGGUCGACCAUUAUUGUGUUUCCAAAGAAAGUAAUAAAUAGCAUCAUAGCAGUAUGUAGAAAUGUUUUAUGGUAUGGGAAAGCUUACACAAACAAAUCCCUACUGGUUGCAUGUGAUUUAGUGUUCAGAACAAAGAAGCAGGGUGGACUGUGGAUACAUGAUAUUGUUGUAUGGAAUGAAGCAACAGUAGCAAAAAUUUUGAGGUCUAGACAGAAGGAUGAUAAGGCAAGUCAAAGAGAGAAUGUGCAGGGCAUUUGUGCUAGCAACAUUACCAGUUGUGGUGUAUUACAUUUGGAAAGCAAGAAAUGCAGCACUCUAGGAUUAGAAGGUCCUAAGACAUGGGAACCUAUACAGGCAGAUAAAGCAGGAUUGCAAGCACAAAGCUUAUGA